AAGACAGAAAGAAUAAAUACCGGCCAUAUUCCCCCACAACCUCCCCCCGCCAUCGGUCCCUCACUGCCCCGAUCUGAUCCAGAACUUGAUAGCAUAAAAACCCUCAAAUCAAGUAUUUCUCCCUUACUCAAA